GCCCACAACACAACACGACUCGCCACAACCGUUCCUCUUCUGCCCGCGUAGAACGACACCGUCAUCACCCCGCUACGGCACUUCCUUGCGUCCUUGCGGUCUUUUGCGGGCAGCCUGUAACCUCCCAGGACCCGAUCACUCUUCAUCGCCGUUGAGCGACGCCGCCACCAUGGCGCUCGACAACUACUACCACAACAAAAUCGAGGCUAUGCAGCUCGAGAUCCUCAAGGGUCAAGCUGUUCUUCGCCGCCUUGAAGCCCAGCGGAACGACUACAACUCGCGAGUACGGCUGCUGAGAGAAGAGCUGGGCCUGCUGCAACAACCAGGCUCGUACGUCGGCGAAGUGGUCAAGGUGAUGAGCACCAAGAAGGUUCUUGUCAAGGUACACCCGGAGGGGAAAUACGUGGUCGAUGUCGCCGACUCUGUCGACGUCUCAAAGCUCACCGUCGGCAAACGCGUAACUUUAUUAUCCGACUCGUAUAAGCUCGAAAAGAUCCUUCCCUCGUCAGUCGACCCACUCGUCUCCCUCAUGAUGGUCGAGAAGGUGCCCGACAGCACCUACGACAUGAUUGGUGGCCUGGAUCAGCAAAUCAAGGAAAUCAAGGAAGUCAUCGAGCUGGGUCUCAAGCAUCCCGAGCUGUUCGAAUCGCUCGGAAUUGCCCAGCCCAAGGGAGUCUUGCUUUAUGGCCCUCCCGGGACCGGGAAGACCCUGCUCGCCCGUGCCGUGGCUCACCACACCGACUGCAAAUUCAUCCGUGUGUCUGGCUCCGAGUUGGUGCAAAAGUACAUUGGCGAGGGUAGCCGUAUGGUUCGCGAGCUAUUUGUCAUGGCACGGGAGCACGCGCCUAGUAUCAUUUUCAUGGACGAGAUCGACUCCAUUGGCUCGUCCCGCGUCGAAGGCUCCUCAGGCGGCGACUCCGAAGUCCAGCGAACCAUGCUGGAGCUUCUUAACCAACUUGAUGGUUUCGAGCCGACCAAGAACAUCAAGGUCAUCAUGGCGACAAAUCGGCUGGAUAUCCUAGACCCGGCUCUUCUACGGCCCGGCCGCAUCGACCGCAAGAUCGAGUUCCCCCCUCCAAGCGUCGAGGCCCGUGCCGAUAUUCUUCGCAUCCACAGCCGCAAAAUGAAUUUGACGCGUGGCAUUAACCUUACCAAGAUCGCUGAGAAGAUGAACGGUUGCUCUGGCGCGGAGCUUAAAGGCGUUUGUACUGAGGCUGGAAUGUAUGCCCUGCGGGAGCGGCGCGUGCAUGUGACACAGGAGGACUUCGAGCUUGCCACAGCCAAGAUUUUGAACAAGCACGACGACAAGGAGGUGUCUUUGGCUAAGCUUUGGCGCUAGUUGGUGAAAUGGAAGGGCGCCGGCAGCAAGAUUGGUGGGCACUCAGUUUAUACUGCGCUGCGCUCUGCGAUGUUGGGGCUUAGCCUGAUUGCUUGUGGAUGAGGAGACUCUGCGUUGCUCUGUCUCUGCCAAAAUGAUCUGAUCUCACCGCGUCGCUGCCGCCGAGCUUACAAGAUCGUGGCGGCCCUGACCAAAUGUGAAAUGAGGCGCAUUAUGUACAAUACGGAGUCGUGAUUUAUAUCCAGCAGACGCGGCAAAAUGAGAAGGGAGUCACCUGUCGACUGAUUCCCAUUCGUCUCCUCCCCCUCUUGCGCUAGGUACUCCGUCUGAUUAGCCAACGCCUCCAUCUCCAGGGGCUGUCAACACUGCAAUUGUGUGGGCCGCCAUCAAACACGGAAGAUGAGAAACCAAAUUGCCAGUCCAUUGCUCUUGCUGUCCUCGCCGUAAUAUAGUUGUCUAGGUAUCAUCGAAAACACAAACCUGUCCCCCCUCUCG